UGGACAUAUUAUAAAGAUAUAUAAUAAUUAUAAAUUUAUAAUACGCACUGAAUAAUAUUCAUACAGUAUAUUGUAUUUCCUUAAAACUUGGAUUAACCCAACCACACCCACAAAAAUCAACAUAUUUUUAUAUGUAUGCUGUGAAUCUACAUCGGUACAAUAAAUUUAUAAUAACGAGAUAACAUAAUAAUAUGGUAAUCAAUUUAGUCAAACGCCAACCCGCGAUUACCGUGAUAAUUGAUAAAAAUUCACCUUCAAAUUCAAAGUUUAACAUCUGUUUUUGAUAUUUAACUUGUGUAACGACCGUUAAAAAUUAACGAUCGUUUAAUCGUAUCAUAUUGUAUAUAUAUAAGUUGUGCUAAUGUGUUGUUAUGAAGAAUCCACUUUGAGGUUCCACUCGACAUUUUCUCGCGCCAAUUCUCUCUAGUCUACCAUUAUGUAUUGAUGUUUCGGGCCGUUCACUCCGCUUGUUUUUUUGUCAAUUUUUCCCACCAUUUGGGUGUUCCAUUCUGUCAAUGUCGUUCUGUUUUAUUAUCUGAUUGUUAUUUGCAAUUUGUUGAAGAACAUUUCGUUCCGUCGUGCCGUUUUCGUGGAUCAUUUAUUUGGUAAUUAUUUUGUGAUAGGUAUGUAUUAUUUGUAUUUACAUAUUAUUUGUUUUCAAUAAUAUUAUAAUGCGAUUAAAUAUUGCUCCGUUAUAUAAUAUACCUACUGUUUAAAAACCGUCAAAUUUCUAUGCACAGUGUGUGAACAGAUUUUCAAUUAAUUUACUGUCAUUUUUGUAUAUACCUACACUUGUUUAGGGCAAUAUCUGUUGUGCCGUAGUUAAUAUUCUGAUACAAAUAAUUUUCUGGAAAAUAAUUUAAAAAAAAUCUCGAAUAAUAAAUAAUAUGAAACUUCAAAUUUUAACAUAUUUCAUAGAUUUUUUUCUAAUUGGAUUAAACCCCCCAAAAAGCUGGUGGUUUUGGGAUGGGAUUUUUUUGUACAACCUUGUACAUUAUAUCAUGUGUUACAUUUCAUAUUGCCAUUACUACUGAGCUUGGGCAUAACUUAUAAAGAAUUUCAUAAGUCCCGUUCAUAAGUAAUAGUUGUUAAUUGCUCAAUGUUCACUAUAUUUGGGUAGGUAGGUAUUAUAAUAUAAAACUUUGCUUUGUACACAACAUAUUAUAGUACUUGUAUUUAACUCAAAAACAAUAUCAUUUUGUAUUGAGUUUUUGUGUAAAAACAUUUUGAACCCAAGUAACAUUAAUUCAUCCAAGGAAUUCAAUUUUAAUUAAUAGGUAUAUUUUAAAUUGAAUAAGUACUGAUUUAUAAAUCACUUAUGUACUAGGUUUUUUUAUUUUUACUAUCUGAUUUAAAGCAAUUAGAAAAAUAUUUUUUUAUUUCUGAUGUAAUUUAUGUAUUUAAAUCAUUUUUUUCUUUAUAGAACAAAUAAUCAAAAUGACCAAGUCCAUUAUGCGUGGUGCAUUAAUUGUCUUAGAAGGUUGUGACAGAUCUGGAAAAACAACUCAAAGCACAAAGUUAGUUGAAGCUUUGAAUAAAUUAAAUAUACCAGCAAAAAAAAUAUCGUUCCCCGAUCGAUCUACUCCUAUUGGUUCAAUCAUCAAUGAUUAUCUUUCUAGAAAAAUAGAAUUACCAGAUCGUUCAGUACACUUAUUAUUUAGUGCUAAUCGUUGGGAAUUGGAAUCUGAAAUUCGUAAACAAAUAGAGGCUGGUGUAACUUUGAUUGUAGAUCGAUAUUCAUAUUCUGGUGUAGUCUUUACUAGUGCAAAACAAUGCAUCGAUUUCAAAUGGUGUUGUGGUCCAGAAAAUGGCCUGCCCAAACCCGACUUGGUCAUGUUUUUAAAAUUGUCGUCUGAAGAAAUGGCUAAACGAUCUGGUUUUGGUGAUGAACGCUAUGAAAAUGUGGAAUUUCAAAACAAAGUUGACAAAAAUUACGAUCGAUUUACAAAUGAGAAUUUCAUUCAAAUAAAUGCAGCUCAAGAUAUAUCCACCUUAACAAACAAUCUUUUAAAUAAAGUUUUAACAACUAUUGAUUUUGUCAAAAAUAAAGAAUUAGAUGAGUUGGUUUUCAAUUAAAAAUGUUAAGUUAAUAUAAAAAUAUAUUUAUACUUUCACUAUCCCAUACAUUUUUUAUGUCAACUAUUCAUAAUAUUUCUUUUACCAUUAUAUACGUUUAAUAUUUUUAUGUUGACCAUAAUAUGUAAUGUGUAUAUUUACAUUAUGUCUUUAAUGAUUUAUAAAACCUGGUUAUAAUUUAAUUAUGAUUAAUAUGUAAGUUACCUAUCCUUAAAACGAUUGCUUGUGUGAAAAUUAUUAUAAAAUAUUGUUUUCCUUUAUAAUAUUAGUUUAUAUGUUGUUUUCCA